AUGUCCGAGUUCACCAAAGAGAUUUAUGACGAAGUACUCAACUGGGAUUAUUUCUGUACCAAAGAUAGUCCUGAAAAUAUAUCUCCAGAGUUCCGCAAAAAGCAACAACAACCAGAACCCAACUCCUUUUCAACACUCAAGCUAUGCAAACCUUUACAAGAUUCAUUCAACUCUGUGCCUGAUUACCUAAAAGCCUUUCAGCCUCUUUUACGAUUAGAGACUUGGGCUGGGGUUUCAAAAUCUAGGUUUCAGUUGCGUGACGAUGACUAUUUUACAAUCACACCCUAUGAAGAUAAGUAUAUUUCAACUCCAAAAACAGCAAUAAGUAAACACCAGCAAGUGACUGUGGUAAUGAGUAGUGAUGAUUUUGAGAAUUUUGAAAUAGCAGCUUCAGAUGUGUUAUUAGUUACAUUUUACGAUAAGAUUAAAUUUCGAAAUCAGUUUGUAAAGUUAAAAUACAAGUAUGAUUAUGCAUUAGCUAUUGUUUCCAAAGUUAUAUACUCGUCAAAAACACAGAUCAAACUGUGCUUGAAUAUCAAUCUGCCUUUUGAAGACUUUGAGGUCUUCCCAAAUCCAAUAAGAACAUGGAAUGCAAUUAAAUUGACAACGUUGAUACCUGUUGAACGGGAAUAUAAUGCGAUUCAUAAGCUUGGGGAAUUCAAGUUGAAAAAUCAGAUUUUGAAGGGUAUUCCUUCAGUUAUUUCCGAAAAUUGGGAAAAUGAUCCCAAUUCCAAAGAAUUUAUUAGAUUGGCUCAACAGGAGCAUGGCCUUAAUCAGUCUCAAGCUGAGGCCAUUUCUGGGAUUUUGCGUGUAAAGGGUGUUUCGUUAAUUCAAGGUCCUCCAGGAACUGGAAAAACAAAAACUAUUGUGGCUAUGAUGGGUGCUCUCUUAUCAUACUCUCAGAUUUCAAAAUUCCCACCUCUUAUUAUGGGUCAGAAACUUCCUGAAAAGUAUCAACCUAUCCGAGGCUUAAGGGUGGAGCAAGAAAAAUUGACGGACUAUAUUUUGGAGUGCAAAGUGAAUGAAGAUAUAAUUGAAGCUAUUCAUAACCACAUUGAUGAGAUUUCUGAAUUUCUUGAUAAUGAAAUCUUGCGUCUUGAAACGGAAAUAGCGAUUGAGCCUCCGAUUCGGCGCAUUUUGAUUUGCACGCCUUCUAACAAGGCUGUUGACGAGGUAUUAUAUCGCGUGGUUACUGGUAUGCUUGGAUUAAAUUUGCAAAUGGAGAAAGAGAAGGACAAAAAUAUAUAUCCAAGGGUUGUGCGAGUUGGUCGUUCAACAUCUAUGAAACAAAAUAUUAAGGAUUACUCCUUGGAAAACAUUGUGAAAAAGCAGUUGGGGUGGUGUCAGGAGUCAGUUAUUCAAAAAUUCUACUCUGAAAUACAGUCGCAGUAUCUGUUAGUGAUGAAUGAAGUUGAGAGGUUGAGAGAAAGAAACAAAGAAAUUGAAACAGAAAUUAAAAAUGUUAAACAAAUGAUGGAUUUAGAGGACAGGGAGUAUUACAAUUCAGAAGACGAAAACUCGUCACAACUUAAAAUUGAAUCAAAAAGAACAAAUAUUGAUCGAAACACAGCAAAGAUUUCUUCUUUAGAAGAGGGACGCUCCAAAUAUAAUCAUGUUUUUAAUUCGCUAGAACAAAUUAUGGAAAAAUGUGGAAUACUCAAAAAGCUCAAGACUAAAGAGGUUUUACAAAACUCUAACAUUGUGUGUUCGACAUUGAGCGGAUCAGGUCAGCGAAAUAUUGUUUCAGCCGAAGUGAGCUUCCCGCUUGUUAUUAUUGAUGAAGCUGCGCAAUCUGCAGAGCCAACUUCUUUAGUUCCAUUUCAGUUUGGGUGCGAGCAAUGCAUCAUGGUUGGGGAUCCAAAGCAAUUACCCCCCACGGUGAUUUCUAAGAUUGCAUUAAGCAAUGGGUAUGACCGGUCAUUAUUUGUACGAUUUUUUGAAAAGAAAAACCAGGUUCAUUCAAAUCCUGUAUUAAGUGAGGAUCAAGAUAAUGACGAGUAUGGAUCUGAUUUGGAAUUGGAGUGUGUUGGUAGUGGAAGGGUAGGCAAACGGGCAGUAUUUUUACUUAACACACAGUACCGAAUGCACCCUGAAAUUUCACAGUUCCCAAGUGAGGAGUUUUACAAUGGUCAAGUGAUGGAUGGUCCCAACAUGAAUGUAUUGACUAAGAGUGUUUGGCACAACUGGAAUUUUACGGGUCAAGAGUUUAGUGGAAGCAAAACAUUACUUGGGCCGCUUCAGUUUUUUAAUUUGCACAAUGGGGUGCAUGAAAAAUCGGAGAGAACCCCAUCAUUGUAUAAUAAAGAUGAGGUAAUGUUUGUUUUUGAAUUGUACACGUUAUUAGGGAAAGAAUUGGGAAGGGAGAAUAUUGCAGGGAAGAUUGGGAUAGUUGCGCCAUAUCGGGAGCAAAUGUUUCAGCUUCGCAAGAAGUUUAGUAUGGAAUAUGGAGAUUCAGUAUUGGAUGAGAUUGAGUUUACGACAAUAGAUGGGUUUCAAGGUCAAGAAAAGGAAAUCAUUAUUUUUUCAUGUGUGCGAGCAUUUGGCAGUUUUAAUGGGCAGAAAAGCGGGCAAAGCGAGAGAAAAAGUGUUGGGUUUUUAGGAGAUAGACGGCGAAUGAAUGUAGCCAUGACACGGGCCAAGAGUUCUUUAUGGGUAGUUGGACAUGAGCAGACGUUAAGAUCGGAUUCAACUUGGGGCCGGUUUUGUUCUGACGUAAAAAAACGGGGUCUUGUAUCAGACGUUGAUUGCGAGUUUUUCAAAAACAAAAAGGUAGAAAAGUCUUCUUCGUUGACAACAACUACACCGGAGGUUGAUGAGUUAACUCUGAUUUUAGAGAAGAUGUAUUUGGAGAAUAUGUGA